AUGCGGAGCUCCACCAGCGCCGCCGCGACGCCGCCGGCGUCACCGGCCCCACCGGCGCCGACGAGCCCUAAGCCCGGCGCCACAAAGCGGCAGCGGAAGUCGGUGCCGCUCGGCGACGUCACCAACCAACUCCUCCGCCCCGAGACCCCGACCCCGAUCAAGCCGAGAAGGACUGCGCGCCGGCCCCUCCCCGCGCCCUCCUCCGCCUCCGCUGUCUCCUCCUCCACCUGCCCCUCCUCCGCCUCGGUCACGCCCGCGCUCAAGCCGUCCUACUCCGCGUCGGCCACGCCCGCGCCCGAGCCGCCGUCCUCCUCCGCGUCGGCCACGCCCGCGCCCCAACCGUCGUCCUCCGCCACGGUCACGGCCGUGCCCAAGCCGUCCUCCGCCGCCUCGGCCACGCCGGCGCCCGAGCCGUCGUUCGCCGACACGGUCACGCCCGCGCCCGAGCCGUCGUCCGCCGCCACGGUCACGCCCGCGCCCAAGCCGUCCUUCGCCGCCGUCCUCCUCGAGGAGGAAGGGAGCGUGUUCGAAUCGCCGACCAUCUGCACGGUUUACGCGAGGCGCAGAACUACCGAGGCUGAGGUUGAGGGACGGAGCAACCCCACCAUCAUCAACAAGGGCAAGGAACCCGUCGGUGCUGCGGCGAGUUGCCCCCCUCUUGGAAAAUCUACAAGGAACAUCAGGAAAAAGGAUACUCGGCGCAUCUCUUCGUCAGCUCCUUGCCAUGAAGCUAAAAAGAAGCGGCCCCUUGCAAAGACACCCAAGUUACCAGAAGAAUUUGUGAAGAAGCAAAAAGCAUACUUUGCAGAUGUGGAUGCCUUUGAACUGGCAGAGGAAGAGGUAUCAGAAUCUGAGCUGGAGUGA